AUGACAAUACCUUUCAAUAUUCCUAUAUCAGAUCUAGACUAUUGUCUAGAGCAGCUAUUAGAUCAUAAACCACCUAAAAUAUUACCACCAGAGACCAUUCAACAACUAUGUCAUAUGUUAAAAACUGAACUUUUAGCUGUUCCCAAUAUAAUAUCUUUACAAUCACCAAUAUCAGUAGUAGGAGAUAUUCAUGGUCAAUUUCAUGACUUGCUUGAAAUAUUUCAAAUAGGAGGAUCACCUCCAAAUACAAAUUAUUUAUUUCUAGGAGAUUAUGUUGAUAGAGGUUAUUAUUCAGUUGAAACUAUAUCUUUAUUAUUAGUAUUAAAACUACGAUAUCCAAAUAGAAUAAACUUAAUAAGAGGCAAUCAUGAAUCAAGAACUAUUACCACGAAUUAUGGAUUUUACACAGAAGUUUUAAAUAAAUAUAAUGGAUCAGCUGAUGUAUGGACAUAUAUAACUGAUUUAUUUGAUUAUUUACCUUUAGGUGCUACAAUCGAUGGUACCAUUUUUGCAUGUCAUGGUGGCUUAUCACCAAGCUGUCAACAAUUAGAUCAAAUAAGAGCAAUAGAUAGAUUUAGAGAGAUUCCCCAUGAUGGUAUCAUGGCUGAUUUAGUAUGGUCUGAUCCAGAUGUUGAAAUAACUGAUUUUAAAUUGAGUCCAAGAGGUGCUGGUUACCUAUUUGGUAGUGAUAUAAUGAAUAAAUUUUGUAAAGAGAAUAAUUUGGUUCAAAUGAUUAGAGCACAUCAAUUAUGUAAUGAAGGUUAUACAAGUUAUUGGAGUGGAAAAUGUUUAACCGUAUGGUCUGCACCGAAUUAUUGUUAUAGAUGUGGCAAUAAAGCAAGUGUAUUGGAAAUUUUAUACACAAAUUAUGACACCAAUAAUAACUUAAAGUCUACUGUAACAAAAGAAAUAACAUCACUGGAUUAUAGAGCCAAAUUAAGAAUUGAACAAGGUGUUUUACCAGGUCAAUUUUUCAAUAUAUUUGAAGCAUCGAGGGAGAAUGAUGAAGAUACAUCAAAUGGUAAAAGUGUUAAUGGAAUUAAUUUCUCAGAUGAUUCAAUUAAUGGAUCUAGUGAAAAUGAUUUCUUUGCGGGUUACUUUCAAGAAAGACCUAAACGAAAACCCGUGGAGUAUUUUUUAUGA